UGGCGCGUCAUUACGAUCGUUACCGACUAAUCCCGACCUUUAAUUUUCCUUUAAAUUAAAUAAAAAACAAUGAGCGGUGGUCUAGUUCCUAGCAAAAGCACAGUUUACGUCUCGAAUAUCCCCUACGAGCUUAAAAACAACGACUUGCACAAGCUAUUCGAAAAGUACGGCAAAAUCGUCAAAGUCACAGUUUUGAAGGAUAAAAACACACGGAAAAGUAAAGGAGUUGCGUUUAUCCUAUUUUUGAAAAUUGAAGACGCUUUAAAAUGCGUCGAAGAAACGAACUUGAGAGAGAUGUUUGGGCGAACGGUUAAGGCAAGCAUCGCAAAAGACAACGGCCGGACGACGGAAUUUAUCAGACGUAAAGACUACCCCGACAAGAGCAAGUGUUUCGAAUGUGGUGAAAGUGGACACUUGAGUUACAAAUGUGCGAAAAAUAUCCUUGGGGAAAGGGACCCGCCCCCCAAAAAAGUCAGGAAACGCAAAAAGAAAGUGGCAACUGAGCUUACAGAGGAACAGAAGGAAUUUUUUAAUGAUUCGGAGUCCGACAAUGAGCAAAUUAAAGACGACGAUGAAACUUUAAGUGCGGCGAUUGCCUCCGAACUGGAAAAACAAGAACUUGAGGAAUAUCGCUACAAAGUCGCGACGGGUAAUUAUGACGAUGAGACGGCCACUGAACCACCGAGGAAAUUAAUUAAGAAAAGCGCCUAUUUCAGUGACGAGGAAGAAAGUGAUUAAUUUAUUUAUUUAUAAUAAAAUGUUUUGAAAACUA